AUGUCUUUGUAUGGAUACUACUUACCGAUAGAAAAGCAUAAGGAUAAGAUAAUUGAAGUAGUCGAGAAAUCGAAGAUUUGCGUGAUCAAAGGACCGACUGGAUGUGGUAAGUCGACAUACAUUCCGUAUUUGUUAUCGUCUGAAGGAUCAAGGAUAGCGAUAGUUGAGCCACGAAGAAUGGCUGUUAUGUCGCUGUACAAGACACUGUCUGAGGUGAUAGCGAAUGUUGGAUACAAGAUGCGGUUCAGUAAGCAUGGACUAAAGAAUGCAAGAGUAGUGAUAUACACAGACGGGAGUUUUCUAAACGAAAUGGACAAGUAUGAGUUUGAUUAUGUGAUUAUUGAUGAGGUGCAUGAGCGGUCGAUACGAACAGAUAUUAUUCUUGGACUGAUAAGAAGCAUGAUUGGCAGAAUGAGUGGAAAGAUUAUACUGAUGAGUGCAACGGUUGAUGUGAAGAAGAUAUGCAGGUAUUUUGAUGCAAAUGUUCUGGAGAUAUCAGGAACACCACAUCCAGUUAGAACAGAGUAUUUACAGGAAAGCACAAGCGACUAUUUGGUAGAGGCAUAUUGCAGGAUCAAGAAGAUAGUAAGUGGAUGCCAUGGCAUAGAAGAUGUGAAUGGCAGAGACAUUCUUGUGUUUCUUCCUGGUGAAGAAGAUAUUAAUGAGCUGUGUUUGAUGCUGAGAAGGAUUCCUGUUGUGAAGGUUUACAAGGUGUUUUCAGCACUUGGGGACAAUGAGCAGAGCAAGAUAUAUGAGGAGUCGAAGCUGAUCAAGGUUAUUCUAUCAACAAACAUAUGUGAGGUGUCGUUAACAAUACCUGGAGUUGGAUAUGUGAUUGACACAGGGCUUGUGAAGGUGAAGAUCUACGAUGCGAUGAACUAUUUUGGAAUUCAAGCAAUAUCAAAAGAGUCAGCAAACCAACGACUGGGAAGAUGCAACAGAACAGGGCCUGGGGUGUGUUACAGAUUGUAUACUGAAAGUGCAUAUGAAGAAAUGCCAAAUCAGCAGACACCUGAAAUAUGCAGGUCUGAUCUAUCUCAAGUAGUGCUGCAGCUUUUGAGCCAUGGCAAGAAUCCAUUGACCUUUGAGUUUCUAGACUAUCCUACAUGUGCAAACAUUGUGAAUGCAAUUAAAUUUCUUGUAGCCAAGAGAUGCAUUGAAGUUGAUGGAAUAGGAAAUGAAGAUGUUUCUAGAAUAAAGAUGAAGGUGACGGGAUAUGGCAGGACUGUACUGAGACAUCCUUUUGAUACACAUCUAGCGCAUUUUUAUCAACAGACAAUUGAGAGUGGUGUUGGAUACUUUGGAUCGAUUGUUGUUUCUUUGGCAGGCCAAGAAGGAUACAGCUUUCUGAAAUGCAAGGAGAUUGAGUGUAAGAGUGACUUGGAGUUUCUUAUCAAGCUGUUUGAGGGAUAUAUUGACAGCGAGGACAGGAAGCAAUAUUGUGUAAAACAUGGAGUGUCUAUGAAGUGUAUGGAAGUUGCAAGGCAAACAUUUGGAUCGUUAAGAAGAUGCAAGGACGGAGACAUUGAGAUGGUUGAGAGUGUUUUUAGCCGUGCUUAUCAACACAAUGCAUGUGAGAGAGUGGGAGAUGGAAGUUACAGGCAUGUCAACAGCGGUGAGAUAGUGUGGAUCCAUCCAGACAGCCGGUUUUUUAAACGUAGAGAUCGGUUUAUUGUGUUUGUGGAUGUUUUCUACACAUCCAAGGCAUAUGCAAGGAUUGUUGGGAAAUACUUCUCAAAUAACUUAUCUGCUAUUAACAUUGAUAGCAAUAGAUCAGCAUGA